GUGAUGCGGCCCGCAUAUAUUCCCCGGCAGGACUAGCUUCUUUUAAAGACAGCCUCCUCUUCCGCGUCGCUUUCCACUCCAGUGAUGUGGCGUAUUUGUGUGGCGCACCUGUAAAGAGCGAGACACGGGGCAGAAAGCCGGGCUCUUUUUUUGUUUCAUUAUUUGAUUCCUUUUUCUUUCUUCUGUUGGCUUUGGAUUUUUUUUUUUUAUCUUCCCCCCUCUCCCUUCCUCCUCCUCCCUUUUACCUUUUUGUUUGUUUCGUGCAUUUGCUGAAACGAUAUCAUUCCUGUUUUUUUGAUUUAAUAAAACAUUUUAUUUUUCUCAUUUUAUCUCGUUUGUGUUGGCUUUUUUGUUAUGUUUCCAAGUUUGAACUAAAAAGAGAGAGAGAAAGAGAGCGCGGAAUCCACAUCAUUUGACCAGGUGUUUCAUUCAGAGAUUGUUUGCCCCAAGGACGCCCCUAACUUUCGUUUAUAGAAACGUUUAUUUAGGACGUGCGCGUUCCCGCCACCGCCCCCAUAUGCUUCACGAAGACUUCGACCAAACAUUUGUCUUCAGGGACUUCAUUAAAUACCCGCGGCGCCACUUCAACAUCUCGAGACGACAACUCCAAACUAACAUGGCAGUCAGACUGUGUGAUGUGGCUUCUCUGCUUAGAAGUGGUUCGUGGGCGCCUGAGCCUUGGACUGGGGUAAUUGCGACCAUGGAAACACAGCUGUCCAAUGGGCCAACGUGCAACAACACGAGCAAUGGUCCCUCAACAAUCUCAAACAACUGCUCCUCACCAGUAGAGUCGGGGAGCAUAGAGGACAGUAAAACUAACUUGAUAGUCAACUAUCUGCCUCAGAACAUGACCCAGGAGGAGCUGAAGAGUUUGUUUGGAAGUAUUGGAGAAAUCGAAUCCUGCAAACUGGUUCGAGACAAAAUAACAGGGCAGAGCCUAGGCUAUGGAUUUGUCAAUUAUGUGGAUCCUAAAGAUGCAGAAAAGGCCAUCAAUACCUUAAACGGCUUGAGACUUCAGACUAAAACCAUCAAGGUUUCCUAUGCGCGCCCAAGCUCCGCUUCCAUCAGAGAUGCAAAUUUGUACGUCAGUGGCUUACCAAAAACCAUGACGCAGAAAGAACUUGAACAGCUCUUCUCUCAGUACGGACGAAUUAUUACCUCGCGUAUCCUGGUGGACCAGGUGACCGGUGUUUCUAGGGGGGUCGGCUUCAUCCGUUUUGACCGGCGAAUUGAGGCUGAGGAGGCAAUCAAGGGUCUGAACUGUCAGAAGCCACCUGGUGCAACCGAACCCAUUACAGUCAAGUUCGCAAACAACCCGAGCCAGAAGACCAGUCAGGCGCUGCUGUCUCAGCUGUAUCAGUCUCCCAAUCGAAGGUACCCAGGACCCCUCGCACAGCAGGCACAACGUUUCAGGUUGGACAAUUUGCUGAACAUGGCCUAUGGAGUCAAAAGCCGGUUCUCCCCCAUGGCCAUUGACGGGGUGACCAGUCUGGCUGGCAUCAACAUCCCGGGGCACGCGGGGACCGGCUGGUGCAUCUUCGUCUACAACUUGGCUCCAGAUGCGGACGAAAGCAUCCUGUGGCAGAUGUUCGGGCCUUUCGGCGCCGUUACAAACGUCAAGGUCAUCCGCGACUUCAACACAAACAAGUGCAAAGGAUUUGGUUUUGUCACCAUGACUAAUUACGACGAGGCGGCCGUGGCCAUUGCCAGCUUGAACGGAUACCGCCUCGGGGACAGAGUUCUGCAAGUCUCGUUCAAAACCAACAAAACACACAAAGCCUAAAAAAACCCACUGAGAUUGUUUCUAGAAAACUCACCAAGGAAAAAGAAAAUGGAAGCAUAUUGACCGUAACUUUCUACAUUAGUAAAACAUCUUUGUAAUCUAUAUUUAGAGUCCAACAAUGUUUUUGUUUUUCCUCAUUGCAACACUUUGAAUAUUUUAAUUAGUUUAAAGCAUAAAAAAAACCCCAGCAGGACUUAAAACCUGACAUUGAAUCUCGCUGUCUUCACAGAUGGAUUACCUAUAAGGUUACUACAGUUUUCUUGAUUUUUCUUGCACAUUACGUUUGAUACCGUUAGUCUCGUAAGGUUAUGUGUUGUGAUUUUUCUUUGUGUCCUGAUUUGCCAUCGGCGCGUUACGCUUUGAGUGGUUAGCAAGUACUUAUUUUGAGCCGUUUCUGUUAGUUUAUUGUACUGAGUUGGUAAUUGGUUGGCUGCAUAAUGUUGCUUCUUGUAAACCUAACGGAUAAAAAGACAAAAAAAAUUCUUAAAGCAGUACCUUGCCAAAGAGCUAAGAACCUCUUUGAUGUGGGUUUAAAAAAAAAGCAUCUAUUUUUAUAAAAGAAAAAUUUGGAGAAACUUUUUACUGGACCUGGAACAAAAUAUUUUGACUUGGAUACUUUGAGAAAUAUCUUCAUAUGACACCUUGUGAGCUUUUGAACUUUAAAUGGAAAGUUUGCAGUGGUUGAUGUUUCUGGAGAGAUUUAUGAUGUAAAAGAUACCUUUUGAGAUCUUUGUAUUACCUUUAGAUUACAGAAUCGGCACCAGUGCUGGUUUCAUUUGUAAAUCAUCUUGUGGGUCCUCCUUCAUCCCGGUCGUCUGCUCGACUACAAACUCGCUUUUCUGAUUUUUAGAUUUGGAAACUGACAAAAAUAAAGAUGGAGAUUUAUUUGCUUCAAAAAAGUGCAUGCAAAAUUACAGUAAGGAGAGAUCUUAAAAGGAUCUGGGGGAUUAAAAUCAGUUCUUCCUCUAAGAUUUCCUUCAGAUGGAGCUCAUGGUGUUUUUGUGGUGUACCUACGGUAUCAUUAGACGGAUUUUUGUCUUAAUAUUGACCAUUAGGGGUUUUUACAUUGUAUGAAAGAUUGUGGAUAAGCUGAUGAAGGCAGCCGCAAGAAAGUCGGAAGAAUCAAAUGGAUAACUUCUGAGCUUUGAGCUUUGUAAAUAAGUCUUUUUUUAUGUUGUAUUAAGCAGACCUUUUUUUGGUUCUAGGUUAGACUUUGUUGGAAAGUGUGAUUAUACCUUUUUUUUCCAGAGUAUGUAAGAUAUUGUUUUUGAAGCCUUUAAUUUCCCUGAGGUUAAAAGAUUUUAUUUGUCGUCCUAUGGACUAGCAUUUCAGUGCAUCAAAUAUGUUGGUUGUUUGGUCUGUAGAUAGUCUUGCUUUGUUGAAAAAAAGUAUUAAAGUAUAGACUUUUUUUUUUUUUUAAUAUAUAUAAACAUUAUAGAUAUAUAUUUAUGUGGUAAAGAAUGGAUAUAAACCACAGUUUGGAAAUACUUUGAUUUCUUUCAUACUCAUAUAUAUGUAAUGCAUAUAACCUGUCUUUAAAAUCGUAAAAAGGUGUAUAUUGCUUUAUAGUGUUUGGGGAAGGACAGUGAAGCAGUUGCAUUAACAUCGACAAAAACCAUUAAAAAAAGAAAUUGGCUGCUAAAUUUCCUUAAACAAGAUCAUCAUGACCAAACGUCUAGAUGCACUGAUUACUGCACCUGCAUCCUGGUUGGUGUUUCAGCCAGUUACUAGUCAUGCUUCCCCCCUCAAACGAGCAGUGUGCUAUGCAUUAUAGAGUUCUUUGCAACUGCUUUUUUUUCUUUAUCUAUUUCCUCCUUUUGUUGUUACUUGUAAAAGUUAAACUUUAAGUCAAGAUGAGUUGUGAUACUUGCUGCUGUGGGGGGAGACGGGGAGCACAUUUUUCACGCCCGACUUACUGCCGUUAAUCUUUUUCAUUUAGAAACCUUUUAAUGAUGGUUUGGUCUUUGCGAAUUUUGCUGAUGGUCCGGCGUGAAAAACCGCUCCCUCCAACCCUGUCUUAUCUCACUACUUAAUGGGAUUAUUUAUUUGAAGUUGUAUAGUCGAACUUGGUUUACAGCAUUUUUGGAGCAGAAUAUCUUUUGACUAUUUAAGAGGAUGUACAUGUUCUUUACUUUGUGUUUGGAUACUUUGGAUUUUUUCAAUGUUCAGUACAUCAAUAAAUAAGUUUGAAGGGCAAA